GUAACCAAUAUGGCGGCGCACAGCUUGAAGCGCUCUCUACCUCUUGUGGUUGUUCUUGGGGCGACCGGGACCGGCAAAUCCAAGCUGGCUGUACAGUUAGGUCGGACCCUGGGAGGGGAAAUUAUCAGUGCGGACUCCAUGCAGGUAUAUAAAGGCUUGGAUAUUAUCACAAAUAAAGUGACAUCUGAGGAGCAGCAACUCUGCAAACAUCACAUGAUCAGCUUUGUGGAUCCACUUGUCGCCAAUUAUACAGUGGUUGAUUUCCGGAAUAAAGCUGUUACUCUGAUCGAAGAUAUAUUUUCCAGGGACAAAGUCCCAAUUGUUGUGGGAGGAACAAACUAUUACAUAGAGUCACUUCUCUGGAAAGUCUUAGUUGAUGUGGGAUCCCCAUCUACAAUGAAGGCAGUCAAUGAAGGUGAUGAAGUUCAGACUGCAAUUGACAGGAAGUCAGAGCUGGAAAAACUAGAUGGCCAUGAGCUCCAUGCACGCCUGAAAGAGGUAGACCCCGAGAUGGCAGCAAAGCUGCAUCCACAUGAUAAAAGGAAAGUCACAAGGAGCCUGCAGGUGUUUGAGGAGUCUGGCAUCCCCCAUACUGAACACCUUAGACGACAGCAGGAAGUUGAUGGAGGUGGCCCCUUAGGUGGGGCCUUAAGGUAUCCAAACCUUUGCAUCCUUUGGUUACAUUCAGAUCAGGAAGUACUUAAUGCUAGGCUGAGUGCCAGGGUUGAUGAGAUGUUGCAACAGGGACUCAUAAAGGAACUAAAAGACUUUCACACGCGCUACAAUGCACAGCUUGUUGCACAAUCUGGUCAGGAUUAUCAGCAUGGUAUUUUCCAGUCAAUCGGGUUCAAGGAAUUUCAUGAAUAUCUGGUGACUAUGGAUAACAUUAACCAAGAUCGGAAAGAGGUUCUUCUGCAGAGAGGAAUAGAAGCUCUGAAGCAGAGAACUAAAAAAUAUGCCAAAAAACAGAAUAAAUGGGUGAAGAACAGAUUCUUGAACAGACCUGGACCUAAUGUACCCAACGUGUAUGGACUGGAUGUGACUGAUGUCUCUUCUUGGGAUGAAAAUGUUCUAUCACCUGCAAUACAGAUUGUGAGCAGUUUUUUACAGGGUAUUUCACCCAGCAUUGAACCUAUGAAGAUUGCCUCUGACAACAGUGACAAUAAAAGAAGUAGCAGACUCUGCAAUCUGUGUAAUCGGAUCAUUAUUGGAGAUCGGGAGUGGGAAGCACAUGUAAAAUCCAAGUCACAUCUUCAUCAUGCAAAAAAGAAAAGGAAACUGGAAGAAGAUGAGAGGGCUAGAGAUGAUGUGAAGCUGAAGUGUAGCCGAGAUACAGAGCAACUUCAACAUGGGACAUCAGAUGGGACUUCCCAUGCUGACUCUUACUGUGUGUACAGCAAACCAGAGAAGAGACUGUGUGUACAUGAUGAGGAUACAAACUCUCAGGCUUCAGAAAUAAGUGUCAAUAAGGAGUCAUGACUACUUGUUUCCUAUUUGUUUCAUCAUAGCCAUGAAAAUAAGAAUACAAUACAUUUAGCAGUAUUCUAUGUUUGGAUGAAUGAUACAAUCCGUUUUUAAUUUUGG